AUGUCGGGAUAUGGCAAAGAGGAGACAGCGAAGCUUCGCAGCAACGUGGAGGAUCAGCUUGCACGCCUGCUGCAGCAGCUUCAAGACUGCGAGGACCUGAAAGAUGAUCUCGACGAGGACGAGUACGAAUCGACAAAGCAGGACACUCUGAACCAGCUGAGAGAAUUCGAGCAGUCGCUGCAGAAGAUGAUCGCGGGGGACAUCACUCUAGUCAACGACCUUGGGGGAAUGAGAUUGGCGAUUCAAGGGGCAGUCAGUCAGGCGUUUCGCACUCCCGAGGUCAUCAAAAUGUUUGCCAACAAGCAGCCAGCACAGCUUCGUCUGCGCCUGGAGCAGAAGAAGGAAGACCUGAAGCUCAAGCGCAUCACCCAAGAGUCCUACAUGGCACAAGUCGUGGAGAUCCUGACGGCGCUAAAGAAGCUGGGAGAGGAGCUCAACGCGGAGGAGGAGGAGUUCCUGAAGAAGAAUAUGUCCCAGCAGCUGGCGCAGUUCGAAGCUGCCUCCUCCGGUGACACCUGA